CACGGUUGGGGCGGCCACCACAGGACCACAGCCCUGGACGCAGCCGCAGGAAGAGACGGGGACGACGAGGGGCAGGCGCGAGGUGGCGUAGUAGCAGAAACCCUAGCAAGCGGCUAGGCCGUCACGCCGCUGUCCUCCCUCCCGGGGCGGGCAACGCGCCGCCAUGCUCGCCGCGUCGGCGCGGUGGCUGGCCACCGCCUCGUCCUUCUCUUCCUCUUCCAAGCGCGCCUGCCAGCUCGCGGCGGCGCUGAACCCGCAGAGGUGGAUACACGACAGGAACAAGAGGGCGAUGGAGCUGGUGGCCAAGGGGUGGAGCGCGCUCCAGGAGGUCGAUCGCGUCGUCGACUACGCCGACCGCAACGACAAGCGCCUGAUCCCGCUUCUCAGGGGUGCUAAAGAGAAUUUUGAGCUGGCUUUAGAGAUCGACAAUAUGAAUACUCAUGCGAGAUAUUGGUUGGGAAAGAUGCAUUUCAAGUACCAUGUUCCCGGUGCUUGUAAGGCGAUUGGAGCUGCUUUAUUGGUUGAAGCUGCAAACAUGGGCGAUCCAGAUGCACAGUAUGAACUUGGAUGUCAACUAAGAAUUGAGAAUGACUAUGUUCAGUCGGAUCAGCAGGCUUUCCAUUAUAUUGAGAAAGCUGUUGACCAGCUGCACCCUGGUGCUUUAUAUCUUCUAGGUUCUGUAUAUCUAACUGGGGACUGUGUUAAGAGGGAUAUAGCUUCAGCAAUGUGGUGUUUUCAUAGAGCUUCAGGGAAGGGACAUGCUGGAGCUGCCAUUGCAUAUGGAUCCCUGCUUCUUAAAGGUGCUGAAGUACCUGAAGUGAUUACUAGGUUCAACUCAGGUAAGAGUCCAUCAACUGGGAAGAUGCGAAAACGGACCGUCCAGCAGGACCCGAUAAAGCUGGCAAAGGAGCAGUUUCAAAUUGCAGCCGAGGCUGGAUGUGAUCUCGGUUUGCGGUGGUUGAAGAGGCUUGGAGAUUAUGAAAACCAAGAAGAAAAGCUAAAGCAAAUCUAGCAAUGACCCCCUCUCAUCGCAUUUUUUGCAUUGAUGUACAUUGUAUUGCGGCUGUUGCACGCAUAUAUACCUUCAAGAAGCAUUCUGCUUUGCACAAUGUAGAAACUAGAAAGCUAUUCGAUUCUAGGAUGUUCAGCUCUACUAAACUUGAAGGCAAAGACAGUCUGAAAUUUUGAUCUCUA